GAAACUACAGCAGGACGGGAAGACAUUUCUUUGAGAGGACAGAAAGGAAGCUUUUUUUUUUUUUAAAGUUCUGCAUUCAAUCUCUGACUGUGGAAGCCUCUCAGUUCAACCUCCAGCUGCUGAUUUCUUUUUCAUCAUCAUUUCCUUUUAAACCCCUACAAAUACUGCACCGCUGCAAGUAUUUCACAUCGCUCCUUCUACUCAGCGUGGAGAUUAAUCCACCACUUCUCCUCCUGCAACCACGGACACUUUUCUCUCUGAAAACUGCAGAUAUAAGAAUCAAACGUGAAAACUCUGCCUGUUUCCUGACAGGAUCCUUAUAUCACGAGCAUCUUCGGCAACUUGAAUGUCUUUAAAACUUGGUCAGAGAGUCUGGAGCGCUUCGAUGCGCCGUGCGUAAAAGGGACCGGUUGGUUUUUUUUGGGAGGUGGAGGAGGAGGUGACCUCAGGAGGACGCACCAGUAUCAGAGCGCUCCUGCAAGAUCUCCGGGAAGAGCAGGAGCAAGAGCAAGAGGAGGAGGAGGAGGAGGAGGAGGAGGGCGCAUCACACUGAGAGAGAGCAUCCUCCCAGCCAUCUAUCACCCUACAAACACACAUCCUUAAAACAACAGGGCUACAGUAAUGUUAUAGAAUUACAGUAGAGAGGGAUAUCAUAUAUGCAUUUUAGCAAAAUAACAUCCUGCAGCACCAAAAAGUAAGAUAAAGACAUCAAAAACAUACUGCAUGAAGUAAAGUACACGUAAAUUAAGUCAAGAUAAAUUCACCACUGGUUUCCACAGACAUACUGUAAGUCAUUAAAAAGGAUAUUAUAGGAAGAUUGUAGAGAUUUUUCACACACACGCACCCACGGACACCCAGGACACCCCAGCACGCCACCUCAGAAUGGAUCUCCCACCAAUCAGAGGUUUAUCUGAUGUGCCGUGAGCGUUGGGAGCACCUUGCCCCAGCCCCGGCCUGCAGCCCUGGUGCCACCCGGCCUGGCUCACCAGGAUGGACCCUGCUCAUUCCCUCAGGAUGGACGGGCUGGACCUCCAGCAGGUCCCAGUGCUGUCACUCGACCAGAUCCGUGCCAUCCGGGCCAACAAUGACUAUGUGGAGCGGCCCGUGGUACCGGAACCGGUAUCCCAGUCCGUAUUUUUUUAUGCUCAUGAUGACGGUCAUGGAAUAUACCCUCACCACCCCCAGACUUCCCUGCACUCUGCCAUGCCCCGUAGCCAAAGUCAGCAGCAGCAUGCACACCUGUCCCACCUGAGCCGUUCCAGUACCAUAAGCUCCUCCAUCUCUCGGACCAGUGCCACCUCAGACCAGAGGCUACUGGCAGGUCUGACACCAUCUCACUCUGGCUUAGGUUCGGUGGUUCGUUCUCAACCUAAAGGAGAACUCAAGCCUGAUGCUUCUCUGAGUAAAGGCUUGGCAGAAGAUGAGGCUGAGCUGGGCCUUCAUCUGUUCAUCUGUGAGCGGUGUGGUCGCUGUAAGUGCCAAGAGUGCUGUGCCCCCCGCCGCCUGCCUUCCUGCUGGGCCUGUGGACAGCGCUGUCUGUGCUCUGCUGAGAGCGCCGUGGAGUACGGCACCUGCUUGUGCUGUGUUAAAGGCCUGUUCUACCACUGUUCCGCCCAGGAUGACGAGGAUAACUGCGCUGACCGGCCGUGCUCCUGUGCUCCAGCCCACGCUUGUGCCCGCUGGGGCACCAUGGGGCUAUUGGCACUCUGCCUGCCCUGCCUCUGCUGCUACCCCCCUGCCAGGCUGUGCCUUGCCCUGUGCCAGUGUGCCCAUGACCGUGCCACACGUCCUGGCUGCAGGUGCAGCAACACCAACACUGUGUGCCGCAAGAUCUCUGCCUCCAACCCCAACCCUGGUCAUCCUUCGCUCCGCAGCAAGGCCCUGGAGAAGCCGUUAUGACAGG